AUGAAGAAAGAAAAGUAAAAGAAAUUAAUCACUGAAGAAUUAACAUGGGAACAACAUGUAAUCUGUGGUAAUAUUUUCUUUAAUGAAAGGAAAUCAAUCAUAUGAAUCAGGUAGAACUGAUGAAGCAUUGCUAGAAUAUGAUAAGGCUCUAAUUUUAAAUCCCAACAAUUCAUUAAUAUAUCAUAAUAGAGGUUCAGCAACUUUAAGAUAUCAUCAAUUAGGAAUUUUGUAUUAUAAUAUGGAGAAAAAUUAAGAGGCAUUACUUGAUUACAAUAAGGCCAUAGCAUUAAAUCCAUAAGAUUCCAAAAUAUAUAAUAAUAGAGGUAAAUAUUUGCAUUAUAUGUUAGGGAACUUAUAUUCAGAUCUAGCAAGAUGUGAAGAAGCGUUAGAUGACUUUAAUCAAGCAAUUUAAUUAGACCCAAAUUUUUCAGAUGCCUAUAACAGCAGAGGUUUAUAUAAAAAUAUCUCUAGCUAUGCUUUAUGUUGAUUUAGGAAGAAAUCAUGAGGCUUUAAAAGAUUUUGACAAAGCAAUUGAAUUAAAAGCUUAGUCAAAUGUAUAUAAAAAUAGAGGUUUCCUAUCAUAAAUAAUUAAAGGAAUUCUAUUAUUUAAUUUAAAUCGAUUUGAUGAAGCUUUGAAAGAUUUUAAUCAAGCCAUUAAUUAUACUAAAAAAGAUUCUACUUUAUACCUAAAUUCAGGUCUCAAUUUAUUUAGAUCUUAUUAGCAAUUAUCUUAUAAUCCUUAAAUAGAUAUGAAGAAGCUUUAGAGUAUUAUAACUUAUCAAUCAAAUUAAAUAGUAAUGAUUAAAUGGCUUAUAAAAGUAGAGGUAAAGCAAUAUUGAUUAUUCAAAGCAAUACUUUACUCACAUUUAGGUGAAAUCAAAUUAGCCAUUUCUGACCUUUCUUAAGCAAUAAUACUAAAAUCAGAUGAUUUUAAUGCAUAUUACCAUAGAGGCAAUCAUAUUUAAUAAUUAUUUAGCAAAUUCGUAUUGGAAACAAAAUCAAAUAAAUUUAGCUCUAAAAGAUUUUAACAAAUCUAUUAGACUUAAUCCUAAAUACCAAAUUGCUUAUGAUUGCAGGGGUAAUUAUGAUCUCUCCUUAAUAGGAAACUUAUAUCUCGAAAUGGGCUAAACCAGCAAAGCUGAAUCAGACUUCAAUAAAUCUAUUGAAUUAAAUUCAAGAAAUUCUAAUUCUUACAAUAAUAGGGGUUAUUAAAUAUCUAAAUUUUAGGAAAUUACCUGGUAAACUUAGGAAAUUAUCAUGAAGCAUUAAAAAAUUAUGAAGAAGCUAUCUAGCUUGAACCCAAUAACUCUCUUUAUUUAAUCAAUCUUGGUGAACUACACCUUAAGAUGAAUGAUAUUCAAUAAGCUUCUCUCUGUUUAUUAUAAGCCGAUACUCAUCUAAAAAUUAAUAAAAAUUCUUCAUUAACUAACAUUCACUAAUUUAUUAACAAAAUGCUCCCUAUUUUACUUGAAAUCAUAACUUCAUUCGAGAAGGAAAAAUUGUUAAUAAAAACCUUACCUCUGGAUUCUCAAGUCAAAUUAUAGUAAAUUAAUGAAAUAAAAAGAAUUGAAGCAAGUGUUGUAAGUAAAUUAAUAACAAUUUUAUAACCAAUAUCUCUUUAAUCAAACCAAAAUUAUCUUUUUAAUUAAAUUGACCAACUACAACUAAUAAUAUAAGAUAUUUAAAAAAACUUCUCAUUGAUUUAUUAAACUCUAUAAAUGGAAUAAGAAGUAGAUAUAAACGAUGUAAAUAUCGCUACAAUUUAAACAGAAAUUACUAAUUUAAUAAAUGAAAAGAAAAAUAAUAAAUAUCUUUAUUUCAAAUCCUUAUGUUGCAACCUCAUUUCUUUUAUGUAAUUCUGUUUAGAUAUUUAAUAAGCUGAUAAAAUUAUAAAAGUUAGUUCAAUUUAAAAGGAAAAGUAAAAAUUAUUUCCAAAUUAAUUUUGUACAUUUAAAUAUGAAAAUUAUGUAAUUUAACAUGAAAUUAUGGGAUCUCUUUUUGAAAUAAUUUUCAAAGCGCUUGGGUAUUAAGAUAAUUUUAAAUAAAUAAUAAUUGACAGAAAUUUUGCUUAAUUAUACUUUAUUUAGAAUACUUUUUCUAAAAAAUUAGAGAUAGAGUUUCAUCUUCUUGCUAUUGAACUAGCUUAAAAAUAAUAAGAUAUUCCUGAAAUAAAUUUAUUUACUGAUUGUGUUGAGACAGUAUCAAAUAUUUAAAUGAAAGAAAUUCCGAUUGCAUCAAAUAUCUUUUGGAAAAAAGGAAUAUUAGAUUCAAUUAAAAUCAUAUAAUUUAUCGAUAAUAACAUUAAUAGAAUUUUAUCAGAUGGGUUAUAGUAUUUAAGAAUGAUCAAGCAAGAAUUGUUUAGUGAGGAGACUAUUGUGAUUCAAGAAUCUCAUCACCAUUCACUUAUGGCAGUGCCUACUCUGAGGAAUGAAUAGACAACUUACUGUUCUUUUUGUUCAAUAUAAUGAUACAUUAUUUAAUUGUGAACUCAANUAAAUAAUUAAAGGAAUUCUAUUAUUUAAUUUAAAUCGAUUUGAUGAAGCUUUGAAAGAUUUUAAUCAAGCCAUUAAUUAUACUAAAAAAGAUUCUACUUUAUACCUAAAUUCAGGUCUCAAUUUAUUUAGAUCUUAUUAGCAAUUAUCUUAUAAUCCUUAAAUAGAUAUGAAGAAGCUUUAGAGUAUUAUAACUUAUCAAUCAAAUUAAAUAGUAAUGAUUAAAUGGCUUAUAAAAGUAGAGGUAAAGCAAUAUUGAUUAUUCAAAGCAAUACUUUACUCACAUUUAGGUGAAAUCAAAUUAGCCAUUUCUGACCUUUCUUAAGCAAUAAUACUAAAAUCAGAUGAUUUUAAUGCAUAUUACCAUAGAGGCAAUCAUAUUUAAUAAUUAUUUAGCAAAUUCGUAUUGGAAACAAAAUCAAAUAAAUUUAGCUCUAAAAGAUUUUAACAAAUCUAUUAGACUUAAUCCUAAAUACCAAAUUGCUUAUGAUUGCAGGGGUAAUUAUGAUCUCUCCUUAAUAGGAAACUUAUAUCUCGAAAUGGGCUAAACCAGCAAAGCUGAAUCAGACUUCAAUAAAUCUAUUGAAUUAAAUUCAAGAAAUUCUAAUUCUUACAAUAAUAGGGGUUAUUAAAUAUCUAAAUUUUAGGAAAUUACCUGGUAAACUUAGGAAAUUAUCAUGAAGCAUUAAAAAAUUAUGAAGAAGCUAUCUAGCUUGAACCCAAUAACUCUCUUUAUUUAAUCAAUCUUGGUGAACUACACCUUAAGAUGAAUGAUAUUCAAUAAGCUUCUCUCUGUUUAUUAUAAGCCGAUACUCAUCUAAAAAUUAAUAAAAAUUCUUCAUUAACUAACAUUCACUAAUUUAUUAACAAAAUGCUCCCUAUUUUACUUGAAAUCAUAACUUCAUUCGAGAAGGAAAAAUUGUUAAUAAAAACCUUACCUCUGGAUUCUCAAGUCAAAUUAUAGUAAAUUAAUGAAAUAAAAAGAAUUGAAGCAAGUGUUGUAAGUAAAUUAAUAACAAUUUUAUAACCAAUAUCUCUUUAAUCAAACCAAAAUUAUCUUUUUAAUUAAAUUGACCAACUACAACUAAUAAUAUAAGAUAUUUAAAAAAACUUCUCAUUGAUUUAUUAAACUCUAUAAAUGGAAUAAGAAGUAGAUAUAAACGAUGUAAAUAUCGCUACAAUUUAAACAGAAAUUACUAAUUUAAUAAAUGAAAAGAAAAAUAAUAAAUAUCUUUAUUUCAAAUCCUUAUGUUGCAACCUCAUUUCUUUUAUGUAAUUCUGUUUAGAUAUUUAAUAAGCUGAUAAAAUUAUAAAAGUUAGUUCAAUUUAAAAGGAAAAGUAAAAAUUAUUUCCAAAUUAAUUUUGUACAUUUAAAUAUGAAAAUUAUGUAAUUUAACAUGAAAUUAUGGGAUCUCUUUUUGAAAUAAUUUUCAAAGCGCUUGGGUAUUAAGAUAAUUUUAAAUAAAUAAUAAUUGACAGAAAUUUUGCUUAAUUAUACUUUAUUUAGAAUACUUUUUCUAAAAAAUUAGAGAUAGAGUUUCAUCUUCUUGCUAUUGAACUAGCUUAAAAAUAAUAAGAUAUUCCUGAAAUAAAUUUAUUUACUGAUUGUGUUGAGACAGUAUCAAAUAUUUAAAUGAAAGAAAUUCCGAUUGCAUCAAAUAUCUUUUGGAAAAAAGGAAUAUUAGAUUCAAUUAAAAUCAUAUAAUUUAUCGAUAAUAACAUUAAUAGAAUUUUAUCAGAUGGGUUAUAGUAUUUAAGAAUGAUCAAGCAAGAAUUGUUUAGUGAGGAGACUAUUGUGAUUCAAGAAUCUCAUCACCAUUCACUUAUGGCAGUGCCUACUCUGAGGAAUGAAUAGACAACUUACUGUUCUUUUUGUUCAAUAUAAUGA